AUGAAAGAGUACAAGAAGGCCAGAGCAGACAUCAAGAAGAAGUCAUCAGACACCAUCAAACUGCAGAAGAAGGUGAAGAAAGCUGAGCUGCAGAACUCAGGAGAUGUAAUUUUGGAUCUGAAGGGUUCUGAUUUUAACUACACUUAUCAGACCCCCCCAGCGUCCCCUGGUAACAUGUCCAGGAAGAGCAGCAUCAGCAGUUAUCAGUCCGGCUCAGUGAGGCACGUUCCCUCCUUGGACUCGAUCAGCUGUGCUGUGGAUGGAGUUCACCUCCAGCCCUCCUCUACCUUCCUACUCUAUGGCUCUGAUGAAAGUGGGCGGUCCCUCAGCGAAGGGAACUCCCCCUCGCGCCUGGCCCGUCACGGCAGCCGUGUUCGCCAUGGUUCUGCCGCCGACUACGGCCGCCACGCCGCUCAGAGUCGCCGGGUUAGCCGCAGGGAUCGGACCGCUGAUGCUGUUGGCUCCACCAAUCAGCUGGCGCCUGGAGGGAGCGGGGGGGCAGAGAAUGGCCUGUUGGCCCCCCCACACAACAGCUACGUCCACCACGGAGAAAGAGCUCGAGCCAUGUCUGCGUCCGGGAAGUCCUGCUCGGCCCGGGAUCAGCUGGCGCUGACGUUGGGUGCGUUAAACUCGGACGCCCCGAGGAGCAGCAGGGAUUCUCUGCACUGUUCCAGCGGCUACAGCACGCAGACCACCACCCCGUCCUGCUCAGAGGACACCAUCCACACACACACUUUAAGGAGAGACCCUCCUUCCUACGCCGACUACGAGUCCAUCUCUCUCCACGGAGACGCAGACUCCAUCUCCUUCCCUCAGCUGUCUCACGGCAACAGCCAGUCUGACUUCGACAAGUCCUCCACCAUCCCGAGGAACUCUGACCUCAGAUACCAGUACAGGGAGUUUGCUCAGUCCAAGCGGCCCACGUCCACCGUCAGCCUGCUGGCCGAGGCCGAGCUGAGCAGCGGCUCCGGUCGGCAGCUCCCUUCCCACACGGCCACCAUCAGACGCAAACCCUCAUCCAAACCGACGUACCGCAGAGGCACCAUCAGCGGAGGCAUUCCCAUCCCCAUCAGCACCCCGCAGGUUCCCCUCAAAGCUGUCGCUGGAAACGGCGGCAGUGAAGAGAACGUUUUCAAGGUUCCUGCUCCUGGAGGAGUCGGAGGUUUGGGUCACAGCAAGCUCUGCACCUCCACACAGAGUCUGAGCUCCUUGUCUUCCUCCUCCUCCCCCUACUACCAGUUCAUCCCAGGACAGAUGCCCAUCCCGGUGCCUGGCCCCACCGUCCCGUCUCUGCCACCAGAGGGCGGCAACGUCAAACAGCAGCAACAGAGACAGCACCUGCAGCAGCUGCAGCAACAGCAGCAAAUCAACAUGCAACUCAACCAGCAGCGAGGGCACCUGCAGCAACUGCCGCAGCAGUUUAAUCAACCGCCGCAUCAGUUCCAGCAACCGCCGCAGCAGUACCAGCAACCACCGCCACAGUUCCAGCAACCUCCCCCGCAGUACCAGCAACCUCCGCAGCAGAUCCAGCAACCGCCCCAGCAGUUCCCGCAACCGCCGCAGCAGUUCCAGCAACCGCCCCAGCAGUUCCAGCAACCGCCCCAGCAACCUCCGGCUGCAGAGCAGCUGCAGCCGCAGCUCCCGGUCGCCAUGGUGACCCAGGAUCAUCCCGCCGACCUGGAGCCCGGCGUCAACCAUCAGACCCAGAAUGAUAUCUCCUGUCAGGACCGGAACCAGGAGGAGCGAGGAGGAGCAGACAUGCUAACGCUGAUCAGGAAGGUCCAGCUGAGGAGAACCGUCACCAACGACCGCUCCGCCCCCCUGCUGCCCCCCCCACUCAAUCACAACUGA